AGGCUGCUGGCGGCGUUUUCCUGUACUGGCUGGGAAAUGGGAUGCUUUGUGGGGAUCCCUUCCUCCCAGAUCCCCCUUUUUUAAAUCCCUAACCUCUGGCCAGCUGCGAUUACAGCUGUGGCCAGCAAAGGCUGUGGAUUCCAAAGGCUGCAGUGGCUGCUUUUCCGUGGCUGCUGAGAAAGGAGCUCCAAGGGGUGGACAUGGUGGUCUUCCUUCAUUUUAUCGUCGCAGCACUUGUCCAGCGAGGUAGGUUGGUCUGAGUGAGGAACUGUCCCCAAGUCAUCCAGCCACCUGAAUGGAACAGUGACUCUUUCCCUCCAAUAUGGAGACCUGGGCUCAAAAGCGGGGAUCAGAGAUCUGUGCCCAAGUGGUGGCCUUGGCAAAGGAUUUUUUGUUGAGGCAGCGAGAGAAGGAAAGAUGGGAGCGACGGGCUACUGGGACAGACCUUCCUGACACCAAGCAGGCCCACUUGGACCCUGACCAGGAGCGGCCCUUUAAGCCGGAGAACCAUAACAAUCCCAUCUCCCUUGGUGAUGCCCAGGAGAGUGAGAAUGAGGAAGAGGAGGCCCUUCAGCCAGAAGAUUCUCGGCCCAAUGGGGCAUCUCCAGGAGGAGAUGCCUCCUGGAGCAAUUCUCAUCUGCGUGACGUGGGAGAAACUUCUAGAAGUCAUCAGACCUCGGAUAUUAAAGAGGGGAGGAGAACGGGUCCUCCCAUUCCAGCUUAUGAUGAAGGCCACUGGCGCUUGAAAGGGCCCAGGAUCUACAACUGUGGGGCUGUGAAGAUGUGCAUGGACUGUGGGAAAACCUUUAAGCAGAGCUCCAGCCUGUAUAGACACCGGAGACUCCACACAGGGGAGAAGCCCUAUGGCUGUGCCGAGUGUGGUAAAAGCUUCAGCCGGAAGUCGCAUCUUAUUGCGCACGAGCGGACUCACACAGGGGAGAAGCCUUACGACUGCACAGAGUGUGGCAAGAGCUUCAGCCGGAAAUCACACCUCACCACGCAUGAGAGGAUCCACACGGGGGAAAAACCCUACAAGUGUGGGGAGUGCGGGAAAUGUUUCAGCCAGAGUUCGGCCCUUGUGGCGCAUGAAAGAUCCCACACUGGUGAGAAGCCAUUUACAUGCCUGGAUUGCGGGAAGAACUUCCACCGGCGGUCAGGCCUUUCGGCCCAUGAGAGGACCCACACGGGGGAGAAACCGUACCGGUGCACUGAGUGUGGGAAAAGUUUUAGCCAGAGUUCAGGACUUUUGGCCCACGAACGGACCCACACAGGCGAGAAACCAUACCGGUGCACUGAGUGUGGGAAAAGCUUCUGCGAGCGCACAGCCCUCGUGAGACAUCUGAGAAUUCACACCGGGGAAAAACCAUACACUUGUGCCGUGUGUGGAAAAAGUUUCAGCCAGAGCUCGGGUCUUUUGGCGCAUGAGCGCACCCACACGGGGGAGAAACCCUACAAAUGCUCAGACUGUGGGAAAAGUUUUGGGCACCGCUCAGACCUUCUCAGGCACCAGAGAAUCCUUAAAAGAGGGAAGCCGUAUAAAUGCUCCGAGUGUGGGAAAAGUUUCGGACGGGGCUCAGAUCUCCUCCAGCAUCAGCAGAUCCACACGGGGGAGAAACCGUACAAAUGCGCUUAUUGCGGGAAGUGUUUCAGCUGGCGGUCGAACCUCAUUAAACACGAGAGAAUCCACACAAGGGUGAAAACUUAUAAAUGUGCAGUUUGAGUAAAAGCUCUUCAAAUGCAAGAGGUUCUACGCAAUGGAAGGCUGCCAUGCCAAAUGUGUUGAUCAUGAGAAAUUAGCUACAAUCAUAACUCACUCUGAUCACAGGGCAGUAAAUAAAAUGGUUGGAGAAAAUCUCCAGAGGCAGAAAAGUUUUCCUAAUUGCUGGAGCAGCAUCAGGAUUAAGUCAUAUAUUAUUGGCAGUUAAAAAAUCUACUUUGGAGAAAUAACGUUGGGGCUGUCUGACCUACCUGGAAGGCUCCAUUUGUAAUUCUCCAUGGUUAAAUUCUUUAACCAGGUUAAAAAAUCUGGUUCCAUUGCAAAAAUGAUAGCAGGAUUCUAGAAUUAGCGAUCCCUGGUAUUAUCUAACCCUUCUUGUGCAGCCAAAGGUGCUUUUU